UUGAAAACUGCCAUUGGGUCGGAAGUUGGGUGACACUCCGCCUGAGAUACAGAUCUACAAAUGCCGCUUAAACGCCCCGCAGAUCGCUCGCUGAUGGUGUGAAAACAUCCAGAGACGAUGUACAGGUUAAUUAAGAUGGCCGAUCCUGCAGCUCACACUUGUGGAAUAUUCUUGGAUUACAGCAGAAAGACUUGUUUUCUCCUCUGGGACUAGAACCGGUGUUGUAGGUGACCGUGUCCUCUGCCAACAGCCUGCAGUUUUUGGUCCUUUUCCACACUUUGCUGAGAUGAUUACGUUCUUCUACAUCGUGAUUGAAGUAGUGAUUGCUAUUCUUUCCGUUUUCGGCAACGUACUGGUGUGCUGGGCUGUUGCGAUCAACACCACUCUGAAGAACGCCACCAACUAUUUUCUGGUGUCUCUGGCUGUGGCUGAUAUUCUAGUCGGUUGCCUCGCCAUCCCCUUUGCCAUAACCAUCAGCAUCGGGAUAAACCUGGACUUUUAUGGAUGUCUCUUCCUUGCCUGUUUCGUCCUGGUGCUCACUCAGAGCUCCAUCUUUAGUCUCCUCGCUAUUGCAAUUGAUAGAUAUCUAGCUGUCAAAAUCCCUCUGAGGUACAAGGAACUGAUGACCGGUAAAACUGCCAGAGAGAUCAUUGCUAUUUUAUGGAUUCUCUCCUUUAUUAUUGGCCUCAUCCCGUUCUUUGGAUGGAACUUGAAGUAUGACAGGUGUAGGAACAGCUCUGUGACAAACACUACGAACACGAGCUUGACAGCAGGGACAGCGAGGGACUUACCGCACAGCUGCAAGCUCACGUGCUUUUUUGAGAGUGUAGUAGACAUGCAUUACAUGGUCUACUUUAAUUUCUUUGUGUGCGUGCUGCUGCCACUGCUCAUCAUGUUGGGCAUCUACCUGAACAUCUUCAAUGUGGCCAGGAAGCAGCUGAGGCAGAUCGAGCUGAAGUGUGUGGGCAACGGUGACAGCCAAAAUCACGGGUUGCUGCAGAAGGAAAUCCGGGCUGCCAAAUCCCUCUCCAUCAUCGUGGGACUGUUUGCCAUUUGCUGGCUGCCUGUCCACAUCCUCAACUGUUUCACGCUGUUUUACAAGAAGCUAGAUCUAGAGGUUGUCAUGUACGUGGCAAUCAUUCUGUCUCAUGCCAACUCCGCAGUAAACCCCAUCAUCUACGCUUACCGAAUCAGGGACUUCAGGGUCACCUUCCGCAAGAUCCUGAGCCCCUUCUCAUGCAAGAAGGAGAAGUCCCUCAGCUCCAAUGGCAGCAAACGCAACAAAGACCAAAUCAUCAUGCCCAUCGACCCUCUGCUAUAAGGAGUCGUAUAGAAGGAGUAUUAUCUGUGUCAACUGUUGUUUCAGUCUUGAUUUUAUUUUCCAGAGUUUUCUGAUGUUUACAGAACAAUGGUAUGAUGUAUGAAGAUGUCAAACACGCCUUGAAUGUGGACAUUUAUUUAUGUACUGUGGAACGUAUCAGGGGUCAAGCAAUGAAAUGUUUCAUAGUAAGUCUUACAUAACUUUUCUAUUGUGAAGGAUGUAUUAAAAAAAAUAUAUAUAUAUAUAUUAAAAGCUAACUGGAUUUGUUGGACUGUGAACGGGAUCCAAACUAAAAAUACUGUUUAUCAUCCUGAAUCCAACAUGUUACAAGUACAAACGCUCCUCUUUACUGCCAUUAUAUUUUAUAUUGUCAGCAUUCAGUGCCGGUGUUUAUUAACUUAUUUAUUACAAAACCCUAUCUUUGAGAAUGUAAAGAUCAAAAUCCUUUGUGUGGCUACAUCUGUACUUGUGGACCUAAAAGGUACAGCAGUAGUCUGUCCGUGGUUAUUUUUCUGGCUCGUGAACCUCUAAAUUCAAUUCAUAUUCUUGCUUAUCACAACUUCAUAUACAGAUAGUUUUUAUAGCUUUUACUGACUUAUGAAAGGAGCUGAAAAUGUGGUCAUUUUCAUUUCACUGUUCAGAAUUUGUGUCAGAUAACAAACACAUAAUACCUGUAUGUAGCAGAAAUGUUCUCAGUGUUGUCUGUUGCUUUCAGACUCGAGUAAAUGGCGGCGUUCGAGGGCGUUCCCACGUGUGUGCAGGAAGAAGAACUCGGCAGUGUGGAGAUGGAAGGAAAAUGCACUUUUCUGCUUUUUUGGAAGUUGCCAGCAAUGGAGUAAAAAAGAAAAAAAAAAAAAAAAAACAGAGGGAGAAAAAUAAAACAAACAAAAUGGUUUUAAUUUCACAUGAAUCAUGUCUCAAAGCCACUGGGGGCUCAAAAUUAGUUCGAGACUCCAGUGACUAUGAUACAGACUGAGCACUUUCUGGCUCCAAGUAGUUAGGAAACCCUUUGGAAAUGCUGGGAUUUCUGCUUGUGCGGUUCCAGAUAAACACACUGAGGUUAAGUUAAUAAUGCACAAAAGGCUAUGCUUUUCUGUCAUUAUGUAAUCACUCACAGUGUAGGCUGGAAGUAUUAAGUAUACUCUGAUAAUAUUAACUGCUAAAACCUUCCUGUAGCUGCUUAUGAGAGCUGCACAGCAAUGAGGAACCGUUCCAUGCAUCAAUAUUUUGAUUGAACCAGCUACACAAUCACUGAUCUGGUCGUUCCAAAACCUUCAUUUUCGCCGUUUUCAGCCAUUCUGUCAUCGAUUCACUAAACUUCAGGUCAUGAACUGCUGAGCUGACAUUCUCUGGUAAAAGUGUUUCUUGAUACAAUCUUACAUUCAUUGUUCUCUCAGUGUUUGCAAGGUUUUUAUGAUGCUCCCCACACAGCCAGUAACAGGUUAUAGAGUUAGCAUCAGAAACUUUUCCACCUCCAAAAAGUUUAGCUUCUAUUUUCUCCAUCUGUCCUUGGACCCUGGCCCAUAAGUGUUAUUGGGUACUCAGGUGGCAUCCAUCAUCAUUCUUAUUCAGUCUUUUUGUUAUCGUGACACAUGAACAAAUGCUUUAGAAAGUUUCAGAGAUGUCUGCAGGUGUUUUGUGUUGCUCCUCUGUUCUUCUUUCAUGUUGUGCAGGGAAGAGAGACGCAGCACUUCUGUAGUCCAUCUUAUUUGCAUCUUUCCAGCUUUGUGCAUCUCUGCAAAGCUUCUCUAAGGUUCUGAGACUUCUUUUGAUUGAGGACCAACCACCAAUCUUUCUAAUGAAGAGUAUAUAUUUUUUUAAUGUCUUCAUUGAUAGAUAAAGGCAUAUAAAGUCAUAUAACCCACACAUUCCCUCUCAUUUCCUUAACUGGAAACCUACGUUUCUUAAAGUAACCUUUGGAGAAGUUGUUAGCGUAGAGGUUCACUUAGGUUUUCCACCCAGCACUGUGAGUGAUCACUCUGUGCUGUUACCCUGUGUUACCAGUUCAGUCAGAUUUUGUUCAUCUAUAAUCGUGACCUAGAUGAAGGUCAGACCAUUUUUCAUGAGCGAUCACUGGAGAAAUCCUUGUAAUUCCAAAGGAUUCACUAACUUUGUCUUGCAGCUGCAGAAAAAUAGCACAAUUUGAUUUGAGGCAGACCCAUUAAUAUGAUGCAGUUUAGCACAACACGUGUGCCUGUGCUCCACAUAAUUUACAUUUUUAAAUGCUCAGGAAGAGGAAAACUGAUUGCAUCCUUUAUGGAAACAUGGCAUCUUCACAGUGCUGCUUUCUAUUUAGCCAAAUGAUGAGAUACUGUAGUAGACCUGAAAGCCAAGUCAAACUUAAUUCUUCAGAUCAAUGCAAUUUGAUUUAUUAUUCUUUAUCCCAGCACUUAAAUACAUAAAGCAUCAUUGCUUUGAUUUAUCUGGGUGUAAAUGAAUGUCACUUGCCUCAGGGGUACAGCUGGCACCCCCCCAGGCCGAAGCAGACAGUCUCAGUUGGAACCUCGAGGCCCUGUUAGUGAAAUCUCUGCACUGACAUUAGCUUUUUAAUUUAAGAAAACGUGACUAUUGUGCUCUCCAACCUCCUGUGCAUUAGCAAGUUCAACUGAAAAAAAAAAACAGAGAAUGUGAUGUGGUGACACUGAGGAAACACUGUAUCAGACACAUCUGUCACUCAGCGGUGCAGCAUCAGAGCUCAGCACAGCCACGAGCUUUUAGAUUACAAAGAAAGGUCCAAAAACCGGUGAAAUUAUCCAGAGCACAGAAGUUUUGUUUGGAGUGUUGUAGCCUGAAGGUGUUUUUGGUCGCCGGAGAGCCAUCAUUACUGCGACGAGGGCUUGGCACUAGCAUUUCAGAUCAUUUCCUGUUCAGUAUGCUUCACUGGUGGUGGUAAACCAUGCUGUCUAUCCAUCCGCGCUCGCUUCCAGUGCUUCAUUAUCUCCAUCUUCAUUUGCUUUUGUGUCCAGUGAUCCACCUCUGACUAAUUCAAGGGCUAAAAUACAGGAGUGUGCAGCAUUAAGUACAUUCCAGCGGAGACAUCUACACUGUAAAUGCGCUGUGAUGUUGUAUUAUUGUCUAUGUUGGCUGAUGUGUAAAAAAUAAGUACUGUAGGUGUUCAGCUUUUUCAGCCAGCUAUCGAUGUCCAACUAUUGCCUUCUUUUUCAAUUUUAACAGUAAGCCGAAUAAGUUGAUGGAGUUCAACAUUCCUGCCUUUCAUUCCGAAGUACCUGGCUGUCAGUGUGCUGUAGUGUUGUUACUAAUCAGGAAAAACAUCCUCUGUGGUAGAGCUGAUGUUCAUGUUUUCCAGAGGCCAUUCUUUGGUUUAUCCAAAAACUGCAAACUGAUGUUGCUAUUUAACAUGAUGAACUCUGUAUGUAUGGUGAAUUAUUUUGUUAAUAAAGG